GUUUCAUUUCCCUCCCAUCUUUUUUUUUCUUCUUCUGGGCGUUGCCUCCAGACUAUAAAAAGUAGAAUAAACUUGCAGUGAACUUCUGCUUCAUCUCGUCCUGCGCGCUUCUUCACAUCCUGCACGUCCAAACCUGCAGCCAUGACUGACCUGGAGAAAUGCAUGGAGUCCCUCAUCGCCAUCUUCCAUCGCUACGCCAAAGAUGAUGGCGACGGCAAGACCUUGAGCAAAAAAGAACUGAAAAAACUGAUGGAGACCGAGUUGCCCACUUUCCUCAAGACUCAGAAGAACCCCAAAACGGUGGACUGCAUCUUGCAGGACCUGGACCACAACAAGGACGAGAAGUUGGACUUUGAAGAGUUUCUCCCUCUGGUUGCUGGGAUCUCUUUGGCCUGUGAGAAGUGCUUCGUGCUGCACCAGAAGAAGGGCAAACAAUGAAGAGUGUGUUGUGCAUGUAUAAACAAACCUUUGACAAGA